AUGGCUUGCCUGCUGCUGGUGCUGCUUCUGAUGGCAGGGACCCUGAUGUCCUGGGUUGCCUCCUGCCCCUUCCACUGUGUGUGCCAGAACCUCUCUGAGUCACUGAGCACCCUGUGUGCCAACAAGGGCCUGCUCUUCAUCCCAGCCAACAUUGACCGGCGCACAGUGGAGCUGCGCCUGGCCGACAACUACAUCCGCGUGCUGGAGCCCCAGGACUUCCUCAACAUGAGCGGCCUGGUGGACUUGACCCUCUCCCGCAACACCAUCGACAGCAUCCGGCCCUUCGCCUUUGGUGACCUGGAGAGCUUGCGUUCCCUGCACCUGGACAGCAACCGGCUGAUGGAGAUCGGCGAGGAGGCCCUGCGCGGGAUGCUCAACCUGCAGCACCUCAUCCUCAACAACAACCAGCUGGUGAGCAUCUCGGCCGCCGCCUUUGACGACUUCCUGCUGACGCUGGAGGACCUGGACCUGUCCUACAACAACCUGCGCCAUGUCCCCUGGGAGGGCAUCCGAGGCAUGAUCUACCUGCACACCCUCAACCUGGACCACAACCUCAUCGACUCCAUCAUGGAAGGCACGUUCUCCGAGCUCUACAAGCUGUCCCGCUUGGACAUGACCUCCAACCGGUUGUAUACCCUGCCCCCGGACCCGCUCUUCGCCCGCUCCCAGAUGGGCAUCAUCAGUCCCACCCCCUACACUGCCACCAUUGUGCUGAGCUUUGGGGGCAACCCCCUACAUUGCAACUGUGAGCUGCUGUGGCUGCGGCGGCUGGCCCGGGAGGACGACAUGGAGACAUGUGCCUCGCCGCCCCAUGUGGCCGGCCGCUACUUCUGGUCGGUGCCUGAGGAGGAGUUCACCUGCGAGCCGCCCCUCAUCACCCGCCACACACACAAGCUGUGGGUGCUGGAGGGCCAGCGGGCCACCCUGAAGUGCCGUGCCAUCGGGGAUCCCGAGCCAGUGAUCCACUGGGUGUCACCAGAUGAUAAGAUCAUCUCCAAUUCCUCCCGGACCAUCUCUUUCCGCAAUGGCACCUUAGAUGUGCUGGUAACCACAGUCCGGGACGACGGCUCCUACACCUGCAUCGCCAUCAAUGCAGCGGGUGAGUCCACAGCCCUGGUGGACCUCAAGAUUAUCCCUUUGCCCCAUCGGGGCAAUGGGAGCAGCGGCCCGGUGCCACGCCACGACCCGGGCUCCUCUGACAUUGCCACCAAGACAGCGGCCAACACCAGUGACUUGGGGGUGGAGGAGAGGAGCGUGGAGGUAUCCGAUGUGACAGCUGACUCGGCCUUGGUGCGCUGGGCUGUAGACAAGUCGGCCCACACUGCCUGGAUGUACCAGAUCCAGUACAACUGCACUGUGGAUGACACCCUGAUCUACAGGAUCAUCCCGGCCAGCAGCCACCACUUCGUGCUGAAGCACCUGGUCCCAGGCGUGGACUACAAUCUGUGCGUCCUGGCCAUCUUCGACGACGCAGCCACCUCUCUGGCUGCGACGCGCCUGCUGGGCUGUGCCCAGUUCUCCACACAGGAGGCGUACCCAGACUGCCACUCGCUCCACGCCCACUUCCUGGGGGGCACUCUGACGGUCAUUGUGGGGGGCAUUAUUGUGGUGACCCUGCUGGUUUUCACUGUGGUCAUGAUGGUGAAGUAUAAGAUCUGUGGCAGCGCCCACUCUGGCAUGCCCAAAGUCUCCAACAUGUACUCACAGACCAACGGCGGGCAGCCGGGGGUGCCCAAUGGGAUGCUGCUGCAGCGGGGGCGUGGGCCGAAGGCACAGCGCCGGAGGGCGAGGGGCAAGCCCGCCCGGCAGGAGACACCAGAGCGCAGGACGGCAGAGGGGGUGGUGGCGUGCCAGGGGGACCCGCCGGACCUGGGGACCUCCAAGGCCAAGCGGAGCUGCUCGUUGGACAUGGGGGAGAUCUCCGCCAGCGCCUGCUAUGGUUAUGCCAAGCGGCUGAGCAUCAUGUGGACUAAGCGCAGCCAGUCAGUGCACGGGAUGCUGGCCAGCUGCGCGGCUGAGGGGGAGGGCAAGAGGGGCGGGGCUUUCACCAGCGCGGAGGAGCUGGAGGAGAGCGUGGUAUGA